GACACGGUGCUGGACAUGCUGCGAGACGCCAUGGUGGCCAAAGCAGACGUGUCCAAGGGCUUCCUCAUCGACGGCUACCCCCGCGAGGGGAAGCAAGGAGAGGAGUUUGAGAAAAAGGGGAGGAUCGCUCCCCCCACGCUGCUGCUCUACGUGGAUGCGGGGAAGGAGACGAUGGUGAAACGCCUGCUGAAGCGAGGGGAGACCAGA